AUGGCGAAGGCAUGCUUAAAGCAUGCUGCUCUCAUUGCGCUGGGCAGGCUUGCCCUCGCGGAGGAGACAUUGGAAAGCCUGGGCAUUGGUCCUCGGAGCAGGUUGGCUUCCCUGUUCGACUCAUCGGACGCGAACGCCGAUGGUCAACUGUCUGGGGAAGAGCUCCAUCACUUCGAGGAGAAUGGAAACGACCUUCUUCGUGGAAACGCGCUGCUCCAGCACUUUGAGGUGACGCUCUUUGCAGGGGCCGAUUGCUCCGGUCAGAGCCUCGUGGUGCAGAACAGCAGCAGCGAGCAAAGAUGUUCGGAGUGUUUUGACGUCUGCAACAAGGAAUUCUCUGGUGGCUCCGCGAUGGCUACAGUCAACGGGAACGAAGUCUGGAGUGUUGCAUCCAACGUGCGGUCUCUGCGAGUUGACUCCGGUGCUGCGAAGGUGGUCCUCAACCUUUGCCUUGGCACGUACAACUAUGGCGUUGCGGGCAACGAGCUCACAGGCGUCCACACCGUUCGGGAUGGUUGCCUCAACUUCGGCACCGGUCAGGCACCUGCACACGUCUCUGCAGUCCCGCUGGACCUGCUCGAGCUUUCCACAGGUGUUUUCCUCAAAGCUGAUGCGGAUCCCUUUGACGAUCGCCUGGACUCAGCGGAGGCCGCACAUUUGGAUUUAGACCCGUUGAUCGAAUCUGCAGAUCGCAAUGGCGAUGGUGUCAUGAGCAUUGAGGAGUAUACGACCCUGCUAGUUCACGACGUUGCGCGGCAAGUGGCCAUGCGCAACUUCAUGUCAGCACAGUCCAUGCGGGAGGCUGCGCUGGCCGCGGUGACGGCGCAAGCGCAAGGGAGCACCGAUCACGUCACCGAGGCCCAGCGAGACGUUGAAGCUCAGAGAAUGUUUGGAGCCGACUACCAGCAGGCCGUUGAUCACCCUGCAGAAGGAGUACCUGAGCCGGUAGAAAGGGGCCCAAAUGGAGAGGUGAUCGUCUCGGGCGGGCCUGACGGAGGCGACUACGGCGAUGUCAGGGAUGCUUCGCCGGUUUCAGGGACUUAUGACCCACAACAAGCGGGUGACGUGAUGAUGUGUGUGGACGGGAAGGAUUUCCAGGCCGGAUUCUGUUACAACUACUGCAAGAUGGACUAUCCAGCUGCCACGCUGAACAUGUGCUGGAAAAAGGACUGCCCAAGUGGCUGGAAGGAGAUCGCAGGAGGGAUGUGCAAGAAAGAGGGCUUCAGCCUUGCCACCAAGGCAAAAGAACACUACAACCGAGGGAUGGGCGCGCGGCCCUCCACAUGUCGGCUGGGAGGCUCGUUCGGACCUGGAGCCAACCCCGACAACGGCAACCGGGAUUUCACCGUCAUUAUGGUCUCGGACACGCAGCUACCCUGGUGCUCCGGAGACUUCAAAAGCGAUGUCGACUGUGCCGUGCAAGAGAAUUGGCGCCUGGUGCAAGGAAUACACGAUGUCGGCAAGCUGACGUGGGUGACCGACGGCAACGGCACCUCGCAGGAGGUCGCCGAACCACUAGGUGUCUUCAUCACCGGAGACCUCACAGCCUAUGCACACAAUUGGCAGUUCCGCCUGUACCGCCAGAUCUGGGAGACUCGCGAUGAGGAGGACCGGGACAAGAACAUCAAGCUUCCCGUGUGGCCAGGUCUCGGAAACCACGACUAUGCCAACAACCUGGAGGGUUGCUGGUGGGUUGAAGAGGAGCUUACCUGGACUGGCUAUGGGAAGAACUCCUGUGCGCAGCGCAUGGUCGCCUACGUGCGGGCAGCAGUCGCAAAGUGCGGAGGGCAGACGGUCGUGAACAACUUCGGUGGCCAUGUGGAUCACUACGACAAGGACUCUGCUGGUUACACAGUCCGCUACGGCCGUAUCCGUUUCGUGCACCUGCACAACUAUCCGACCUACCGGCGCAGAGAGCUAACUGGCGUGGCCUCCACCAUGGACUUCCUCAAUAGCGAGGUCGCCGAGGCGGAAAGGACCAAAGACUAUCUGGUACUUCUGAUCCACGACGUGAACGGCCACUUUGCACCAUGGGAUACGGACGACCAGGUGGACCGAUACAGCUACUUCUCGGAGGUCGUUGCAGGCUCCCGGACCAUCGCAGUGUUUUCUGGCCACUUCCACCCCAUUGGAGGCAUGCGAGGAGGCACCUGGGCCCACUUGCGGGACUCUCGCACACAGGAAGAUCUGGUGAAUGCCUUCGGAGAGUCUGUGCCGUCUCUCCGAAACUAUGCGCCCGACUACUCCGCUUUCCUGGUCACGCAGUGGAACGUGGCUCGAUGCUUCUGGAGGUUCGGCUCUGUCCAAGUGCCUACGAAGGAUCAGCCGAGGGGAGAUCCCUCCUGGAAAAGUCCCGAAGACGAAAAUCAGCAGAACACCUUCCAAAUUCCGGACUGCACAGUUGAUACUGACUACCAGCCCGUGAACUCCAUGAUGGUGUCAGCUUCGGACCUUGCAGAAUGCAUCAUGCAGCAUGCGGCAGAAUGUGGUGGUAUGCCACCACCACCACCGCAGCCUGAGAAACGUCGUCUGGGUUUCAAGAUGGGCAUGCGAUAUCAUCACCUGGCGCAAGCAAAGGCGCUGUCGCUGCCACAUCAGGCGAGGCACCGGGCAGCCAGCCUGGCCAAGUACAUCACGGAGAGGCAUCGCACUGGCGCACGGAAGCUCAAGGUGCGGAAGUUGCGAGAGGAUUCUUCGGACGGCACUUCGACCAGCGGCAACGAGGACGGAACCAGUUCCAACACGGAUGAGACGGACAAAGAGGACGGCACCAGUUCAAAUACCAAUGGGACGGACAAGGACAGCGCCAGCAACAGAACGGAUGAGACUGACAAAGAGGCGCCUGGGCAUGAGGAGCACAGAUGUCACGAGGAAAAGUGCUCCAUGCAAGUGCAUGAGCUCAAUGACUUCUUGAAUCACACUUCUCUGCGGAACCUCUCCGGCGAUGACAUGACUGCCAUUUGCCUGAUGGGCCUCGGAGUCGAGACGUGCAUGGUGAACACCAGCUGCUGCGGCCAGGCAGUUGCUAAUCCAGUGGCGGAGCAUGAUAUCAACUUGUGGUACAUGUGCGAAGGGGGAGGCUACAGAUAUGCCCAACUCUGCCACCAGGGUCCCGACAUGCCAGAGCCGGACAUGUGCGACGAGGAGAAGCUGGAGGGAUGCAUGCCCUUUAUUCAAGAUGCCAUUGAGCUCUUGAACGGCACGAACCUGACCGGCUUGGACUCCGACCGCAGCCGGCACCUCUGUGCUUUGGCCCACAGCUCCGAAGCCUGCUUGUACACUGCCGGCUGCUGCAGCUCCGCUGAGGAUCUGUUUCCCGAGAGCAUGCACGACUUCGACAUGGAGGUGGUGUGUGGGCCAGUGGAUUAUCCCCGCAGCUCAGUUUGCCGCGAGGAUCCCCGCCAUCCGGAGCCGCCGGAUCACGAGGCAAAAUGCGAUCGCGAAAAGCUGAAGGACUGCGACAGAUACAUCACAGAGCUGAGCCACAUGGUCAACAUGAGCAACAGCAGCAACAUGUCGGGGUUCACUACGGACGAGAUGAAGGACAUGUGCUACUUCGCUUAUGCCAUUGAGUCGUGCUUCAUGGUGACCGGCUGCUGCGAGAACGCUGGUGAGUUUGUUCCGGUGCAUCUGCGCGAGAUGAAUGUGUCUGGAAUCUGCCAUGGUGCCGGAUACAAGCACGAAUCUGGCAUGCUGUGUCGCUCUGAGGAGGAUCGCGAUCACGGCAAGGACGGAAGCGAGGAAGACGAAUCGAAGGACGAGUACGACAGUGAUGGAAAUUACAAGGAAUCGAGCGACGACUACGACAAGGAUGGGUCGAACACAGGGCACGAGUACGGCAACGAAGGGAAUGACGAGGAUAGCUACGAUGAUCAGCAUGACCAUUUGCAUCACCCUCAUGACGAUGAGCAUCGUUGCAAUGAAAGCAUGCACAUGUGCGAUUCCCUCUUCAAGGAUCUGAGCGACGCGUUGGCCAACUCCCGCAGCUCCGACCUUGAGGAUCAGAAGCUCUGCCUCAUGAGCAUCGCCGUAGAGGCAUGCUUCGCCAGCACCAUGUGCUGUGGGAAGAUACAGCAGCUGACUGAUCUCGGCCAGGGAUACGGGAUCCAUUUCGCUGAUCGAUGCACUGAAUCGGGCUUCAGGCGCCCGGUGAUCUGUCAGGCCGGAACUCACGUUGGUGUUUUGUCACAGAUGUGCAAGCCUUGGUCAGGACGGUCCCAUGAACGAGAACGACACUCAUGGCGAGGAGCACCAUAG